AAGUUUUUUAUACUCUAAUUGUAUUUUAAUAAUAUAAAUAAAUUAUUCAUCAAUAUUUGUGCAAAUAUAUUCAUUUUGCAAUAAAAAUGGUAUUAUCGUGCCGAUUUUAUAAAGAAAAAUACCCAGAAGUGGAAGAUGUAGUUAUGGUAAAUGUACGUAGCAUAGCUGAAAUGGGAGCAUAUGUACAUUUAUUAGAAUAUAAUAAUAUAGAGGGUAUGAUCCUUCUUUCUGAAUUAUCCAGAAGACGUAUUAGGUCUAUUAAUAAACUUAUUAGAGUAGGAAAAACAGAACCAGUUGUUGUUAUCAGAGUUGACAAAGAAAAAGGUUACAUUGAUCUUAGUAAACGACGUGUAUCAGCUGAAGAUGUAGAAAAAUGCACAGAAAGAUAUGCAAAAGCAAAAGCUGUUAAUUCAAUUUUAAGACAUGUUGCAGAAUUAUUACAUUAUGAUAGUGAUGAUCAAUUGGAGGAAUUAUAUCAAAAAACUGCAUGGCAUUUUGAAGAAAAGUAUAAAAAACAAAAAGCUUCUGCAUAUGAUUUCUUUAAGCAAUCAGUUCUGGAUCCAUCUAUUUUAGCAGAAUGUGGUCUCGAUGAUCAUACAAAGGAAGUAUUAUUAAAUAAUAUUAAACGAAAAUUAACUUCUCAAGCAGUUAAAAUUAGAGCAGAUGUAGAAGUAGCUUGUUAUGGUUAUGAAGGAAUUGAUGCAGUUAAAGCUGCUUUAAAAGCUGGUUUAGCUCUUUCUACUGAUGAACUUCCAAUUAAAAUUAAUUUAAUUGCACCACCAUUAUAUGUUAUGACAACAUCUACACCAGAAAAACAAGAUGGAUUAAAAGCAUUAAAUGAUGCUAUUGAUGCUAUCCAAAAUAAAAUAACAUCAUUGGGAGGUGUAUUUAAUGUACAAAUGGCUCCAAAAGUUGUUACUGCUACUGAUGAAGCUGAAUUAGCAAGACAAAUGGAACGGGCUGAACUUGAAAAUGCUGAAGUUGCUGGUGAUGAUGAUGAAGAAGAAGUGGAAGGUAUGGAUGGAUUUAGUGGUGGUGAAGGUGUAGAAGAAGAUAAAAAACCUGGAAAUGAGUCUCAAGAAGAAGAAUAAAUAUAGAAUAAAUUACCAUGUUUCAUUUUCUGACAGUUCUUGAAUCACAAUCAUACUUUUAUAAGUGUGCUACUGCCUUACUGGACAUUAUGCAAAAUAUUUCAAAUAGAUAUAUAAAAAUCAAUGUAUUAUAAUUUAUAUAUAAUUUUCUAUUAACUUCAUGAAAUAAACAAAUUAAUAAUAUGUAAAUU